AUAAUAAAUUGUACGAAUAUAGGAUUUGCAGCAGGAUUUAAUGACGAGCGCAGACCAUUUCCCCGGGAAAAAAGGUUUUUGCAAGAUGUAGAAGCUGCGACGGAUAAAUUACAGGCUAAGGAUUUAAUACUGCGUAUUGCCAAAUUUGGAUUGCGAGGAGUUGGGUUUAGUUGCAGUUUAAUUAUUAUAACUAUAAUAUCCACAACUUUCACAAUUUUUAAUGCGACUAAGGCGUUACCGAGGCAGAACGGAUUAUCUACCUGGUCUGCUAUAACAAACCCGUGGCCACAAAUAUUAAUAUUUUCUAUUUCCUGUGUUUCUGUCCUGGUUUGCGUUUGGACUUUCUGGUUUUACUGCCGUGGAGGGCACCAAAAGGCGGAAAAAACUGGAAUAUACCAUAAUAUUUUAGCUUUCGGAAAAUUCGGUCUGGGUAUGGCUUUUUGGGUCACCAACGCUGUUUCCUUUUAACAUUAGCGAAACAGCAGUAAUAACCAGGAUUUGUGGGGAUGGUCCUGUAUAUAAAACGGUCGUUCGGAGCUGUUUAAAAAAAAUGUCGAUUAUGCACUACUUUGCAACCUGCAAUCGAUGGAUCGGCGAAACAAAACUAGAAUGGAAUUUUACUUUAUUCAAACUUCUGGAAAUUUACCACAAUCCAAUUAUUUACAGCAUUUUUCACAUUAGCCCAACCGCAAUAACGACAGAUUUUUGGAAGGUGAAUAUGGGCAGGGAAGCCCGGUCGAUAUAUAUCUACAGCCGGUCCCUAUUCCAGCGGUUUACGCAAACAGGGUUAGUUAGCAAUAUUCCCAAAAAGGUUUUUUGGGAUUAA